GCUGGAAAAUAUAAACGAAAAAUUUAUUCAGUUGUUUUUGUUUAUUGAAUACGUUUCAUAUUUUAGCUAAUAAUGGCAUCUGACACAAUUCCCGAACAUCCUAUUCGUCAAAAUCUUGUUCACUGUUUUAUACCUGGCUGUACAGCUUAUGUUGGUUGGAAUGAUGUCGCCUUUUUUAAUAUGUCCUUUGGCGAUUUACCGCAUUGGUGGAAAGGUACAGCCUGGGCGGAAAAAUAUCAAACUGAGCUGCCGAUAGAUGCAAAGAUUUGUGAAAUGCAUUUCGAAGAACGCUUUAUUGAUCGCAGCAAGAAAAAACCUCGUCUUAUAAUGGGCACUAUACCUACAUUGCGAUUGGCUCUACUGGAAAAAAUAACUGAGGAUAGUAAUUGCAAAGAAUACCUUUGUCGUUUGUGUGCCAAAAAGAGCAAUCAAAGGCUUAAUGCUAGACUGGAUAAACUACCAGGCUUAGAAAAGAUUGUUGAAUGUUGCUUGGGAAUGUAUAAAAAUCAAUUUGGUCUUCCCAUAGAAGUUUGCGAUCAUUGUAUGCAAACUAUAAACAAAUUUUCAAAUUUUGUUAAAAAUUGCGAGAAAUCGCAAGCAUUGUUGUUACAGGCUAUGGAGACUGAUAUGGAAAAAAUAACUGAAGAGGUGAAAAACGCAUCAUCUACCACAAAUGAAAUCGAUGAAAGGUUAUCUAUAAACAUAAGUCGCGAAAAAAAUACUGAAUCAGAUAUGCGAAAUGCAAAUAAUUCAUUGUCCAAUGUUUGUGAGAAUAAAAUGAGAAGAAAAUCAGUUUGGAAUUCAUGUUUAGAUUGUGGAAAAACAUUCAAAAAUUCAACAAAUUAUUAUAUUCAUUUGGAGACUCGCAAUGACAAUGAAAAUGAUUUCGUGUGUCAAGUGUGCGAUAAAAAAUUCAAGCAGCGAUGUGGGCUUGAGUAUCAUUUGCGAAGAAAUCAUAACGAGAAACAAUCUGAUUGUAAAGAUACGCGUGGGCAAAAGAACAAUUCUAAUGAAAAAGACUCAAAUUUUGAACCAGUUUCGGACGAGCACAAGUGUACUCAAUGUGCUAAAACGUUUUCUUCUCCAGCCAAUUUAAGAGUUCAUCUUUUGUCUCAUAAUGUACCAAAAUUGAAGUGUGAAAUUUGUGAUGCAGUUUUUCGAUCUAAACACUUGCAUAUGCAACAUAUUCUUCAAGUGCAUACUUUGGAAAUAAAAAGAGACAAGGAUCUGGAAACUCCACGAAAACGGCCAAAGAAAGGAAUUCAAAUAAUUCGUUUGGCAGAGAAAAAAUGAAGUGUUCAAUAACUUGAUUACUCUCAUAUACUGCGAAAUUUCGAUUGUCUUGAAGAAUUACUUCUAAUAAUCAUCAUUAACAUUAACAACAUAAACAUGAAAAUGACGUUGUACAA